AUGGAACAAGAAACAAGAAGCGACUCUCCUAUGGACUCGCAUCGUCAAGAGCAAAAUUCGAAAACGUCUUUUUUAAUCGAGGAUAUUUUAUAUAGAGGCCAAAGCCGCGGUUUCAAACAGCCAGUGCCGGAUCCAAGGAGGUAUGAUUACGACCGACCAGAACCGAAGCCUUUCUUUCCGGUGCCCGGAGAAGUCAGGCCCCAUAUCCCGGGCAGAGAGGGGUCCUAUCUACACGUGGCUAUGGGAGCUCUAGGUGCAUAUUUACAUACUCCGAACACCUAUAAGUCUGUGGAAACGCCUUACUUUUUAUCUCAAGGCGUGCCGUACCACGCGCUAUUCACGCCGUCGGAGCUGUCGCUGUCGGCCCUCAAGCACUGCCGUCGGAGGAAGGCGAGGACUGUUUUCUCUGACCCUCAGCUCACGGGUCUAGAGAAACGUUUCGAAUCCCAGCGUUAUCUGUCGACGCCUGAACGCGUAGAGCUGGCGGGCGCACUGAACCUCUCGGAGACGCAGGUCAAGACAUGGUUCCAGAACCGCCGCAUGAAGCACAAGAAGCAAAUGAGGAAACAGCAACAGCAGAGAGGUGCAGCAGCGGUAGACUUCACUACGAAGCAUCAUACGCAAUUAGGGGAAAGCCGAAAGGCAGAGGAUUCUAGAAUAUCGACAACUCAAACAUCGGACUCUGAAACUGAACACAGCGAUAGCGAUAUCGAUAUCGUCGGCGAGCCAAACUACGCACAACACUACGGUAAUAGCGGCACGUAA